CAGUAUGUCGCCAAUAGUCUUCAGUUGUAGAAAUGGCAGCGCUGAGACAGGAGCAUCGGUAUGGGCUCUCCUGUGGCAAAAUCAACAAAAACACCCCGAAUCAAACUAUUUAUCACGUCAAACUCACUGACACUGCCAUCCGGACCCUCGAAGCCUACCAGAACCUGAAGGCAUCACUAUCAAAUCAGCCAGCGAUUUGCUUCAAGGGGAGCCAGGGGUACGUAAAGAUCCCAGCGCCAACCCCUGAAUCUCCUGAUGGAUUCAGAGUCUUCUCGUUCUACCUUUCCAGUGACAGCAAAGACAAGCCUCAGUCCAGCUUUGACUGCAUUCACCAGUAUGUCUCAGGGGAGGGCAGGGAUCACCUGGAGGGCCAGGGCAGCAUUCAGGACAAGAUCACAGUUUGUGCCACAGAUGAUUCCUACCAGACGACCCGGGAGCGCAUGUCUCAAGUGGAGAAGGACAUCUGGAGCCGCUCAGCAAUUGAGAUCAAGCCGGGGCCAAGUAAGUAUGUGAAGGUCCAGAGGAAGCAGGGUCUGGUAUCAGGCUCAGAUAGCAGCAACAAGCACUCCCCCAGCAAUAAGAGGAGCCUGGUUCCCAGCCCUGUGGCACACCGGCCCUUGAGGGAUCGCAUCGUUCAUCUCCUGGCCUUAAAGCCCUACAGGAAACCUGAGCUGCUACUGUGGUUGGAGAGGGAGCGGGCCAGUCCAAAGGACAAGGCUGAUCUGACCUCAGUGCUGGAUGAGGUUGGUAAACUGAACAUUAAAGACCACAGCUACUCUCUGAAGGAUGAGCUCUACAAACACGUCCAAAGAGACUGGCCUGGAUAUCUAGAGGAGGAGAAGCAACUCAUCCAUAGGCUCCUGAUCAGGAAACUUCAACCACUCCACAGUAGCCAGUUGAAGAGUCCCCAGUCCAACCAUUCAUUCCACAAUACUCCCGGGGACUCUCCUUCACAUCUAAGUCCUGCCAAGAAUCUUUCCGUGAAACGCCCAUUGCCCUCGGACCCAUCCAACGGUCAGACCCCCAAAAAACAAAGACUAUUAGACCAGUGUUUGCCUCUGCAGUCACCGUCUAAUGGAGACUACGGCGCCAAUGGGGCUCGUAGCUCCUCAAGUCAUGGAAACUCUAGAGUACAGAUCAAACUGGAGUUUGACAAAACCAACAAUCAUCUCCAGGGGAGCCCAAAUGGUCUGUACUCGCCACACAAACUCAGCGGCUCAUCUAAUGUUCCCAAACUGGAGAGGACAGAGCCAGCUCCUACUGCACCCAGCCCUAAGCCCCCACACACUGACCAACAUACCAUUUGCACUGACCAACCAUUCACCAACGGCCAACAUAAAAAGAAGAGGUCCAAAAAGCACAAAGACAAAGAACGAGAGCGCUUAAAACCAGACUGGAUUGAGACGAGUCCAGACCUGAAGCAAAACAGAGAAAAUCUCAAAGACCACGAGGGAGAGAAAACACCUGUCAAUCGAACCUCAGCAGAGGAACUGCCUGACUAUUUAAUAAAAUACAGCACAAUAACGGCACUGGAGCAGCGGCAAGAGUAUAAGGACGACUUCUGUGCCGAGUACGAUGAAUACAGAGCUCUUCAUGACCGGAUUGGGGCUAUCACAGAGAUGUUUGUUCAGUUGGGUUCAAAGAUCAACACUCUCUCCCCGGGAACACAAGAGUACAAGCUUAUGGAGGACCAAAUACUACAAAAGUACCGAAAGUAUAAGAAAAAAUUUCCUGGGUAUCGGGAAGAAAAGAAGCGAUGCGAGUACCUCCAUCAGAAACUGUCGCAUAUCAAAGGCCUGAUCACAGAUUAUGACCGAGCACAGGGACUCUCCUAGUAACUGGCUUCUACCCUCAACAGGGUGUACUAUGACUGGACCAAAAGACUCCUAAUGGACCCAAAGACUGACCAGCUGGAUCCUGGAGUCGCUGAAACACUACUCACUUUACUCCUCCGAGUGCUGAUGGAAUCGAGGAGCAAGGUUAUUUUUCAAAAGUGGGCUGAGACCACCAACUCGUGAUCAAAUGUUGCCCUUUAACAUUAUGGUUUUCAACUAUGAUUAUCGCUGUAAUGGUUUGAUUCUGUUCUGCUGUAAAAUGGUCCGAUGACACAGUGAAAGCCAAAUACAUUUUUCUAAAAUGUAAAGCAUAUGUGAUCAUUUUCUGCCCAAUUGCAUUAUUCUAUCCUUUAUCUUGUCAGGACUCAGAAAAAAAAAAAAAGU